CACUUCCUCACUUUCUUCAUAACUCGGAAUCGAACAAUCUUCCCUGUUCUUGAAGCAACCUUCCCCAUGGCCUCAGCCACCACUUUGCUCGCCCUCCUCUCAUUCUUCUUCCUUUCCAUUUCCUCCUCCGCCCUCAGCCCCCGGAGCGACCGUGAGGUUAGAGAAAUUUACGACCUGUGGCUGGCGAAGCACGGCAAGGCCUACAACGGAAUCGAGGAACGGGAGAAGAGGUUUCAGAUCUUCAAAGAGAAUCUGAAAUUUAUCGAUGAUCAUAACUCCGAGAAUCGGACGUAUAAGGUUGGAUUGAAUAUGUUCGCCGAUUUGACCAACGACGAGUAUCGGGCUCUGUAUUUGGGGACCAGGUCUCCCCCUGCUCGACGAGUCAUGAAGGCCAAGACCGCCAGCCGCCGAUAUGCCGUCAACAACCGCGAUCGGUUGCCGGAAUCUUUCGAUUGGAGGGCCAGAGGCGCCGUUGCUCCAGUCAAAAAUCAAGGAAGUUGCGGGAGCUGCUGGGCAUUCUCAACCAUAGCAGCUGUGGAAGGCAUAAAUCAGAUCGUCACCGGAGAACUCAUCUCUCUCUCUGAACAAGAACUUGUUAGCUGUGACAAAAAGUACAAUUCAGGCUGCAAUGGAGGCCUUAUGGACUAUGCCUUCCAGUUCAUCAUUGACAACGGCGGCUUGGACACUGAAGAAGAUUACCCUUAUGAGGGCUUCGAUGGUCAAUGCGAUCCCACCAGGAAAAAUGCCAAGGUCGUUAGCAUUGACGGGUACGAGGAUGUCCCUGCCAAUGAUGAGGAAGCAUUGAAGAAGGCCGUUGCUCAUCAGCCAGUCAGCGUGGCCAUUGAAGCUAGUGGCUUGGCUUUGCAACUCUACCAGUCGGGUGUAUUCACUGGUAAAUGUGGCUCAGCUCUCGACCACGGCGUCGUCGCCGUUGGAUACGGCACAGAGAACGGAGUUGAUUAUUGGCUUGUAAGGAACUCAUGGGGCACAGGAUGGGGUGAGGAUGGCUACUUCAAGCUAGAGCGCAAUGUAAAGCAUACUACCAAUGGUAAGUGUGGGAUCGCAAUGCAGGCAUCUUAUCCUGUUAAGAAUGACAAGAAGCCAACAAAAUCAUACUACUUAAGUUUGGAAACUGCUGGGGAGAAGAACAAGAUCAACAUUGCUUGAACGGAGAGAUUGUGAGACAUGUGUUACCUCUAGUUUCAUGGGAGUUGAUUAUGUCUUGGAUGUUUCAAUUCCUGUUGGUCUGAAGUUUAGCCUAUUGUUAUACUUAGAAAUUGUGCUUCUUGUAAAUGAUUCGGUUCAAUAUUAAUGUUCCUCAACAGUUUAAUGAUAUUUGUGGCAUUUAAGA